UGAGGUAUAAUUGUUUACAACCCUUGUUGUCUUUUCCUGCUGCUUGUGUUCAUUGUUUCCCUGAUGUUUUCGGCGACGUUCUCGAUGACAUCCUCGCUGACAUUGACCGUCACGGUUCCCCUUCGGUGCCUCAAUAAUAUCCCACCAUGGCCGAAGAGCACACUCCGCCACUCGCUGGGGAGUCCUUACGAACUGAUACCCUAGAGCCGUUGUGGGACGAUGGCACAGAUCUUGCGAGCGACGAUGAGUCAACGGCCACAAGCAUGGUGUCCGGCGGCGGUGGCACGGACUCCGCAAUCGAUGAUUUGGAUGGAGAGUCGACAUGCACUUUGCCCGGUGAUAUACCCGUCGUCGAAGAGGAAGGUCGCAAAUACCACGAUCCCGACAAGUACCCGCUGCCCAACGACGAGCAAGAGCAGGAGCGCCUCGACAUGCUUCACGAGCAGUGGCGAGUGUCACACGACGAAAAACUACUCCUCUGUCCUCAAGAGGUUUUUCAACGUGUCCUUGACAUUGGCACCGGCACUGGCAUAUGGGCUAUCGAGUUUGCUGAUGAGCAUCCGGAAGCGUAUGUGAUAGGCGUGGAUAUCUCGCCUAUCCAGCCCAACUUGGUGCCUCCAAACUGCGAGUUCCAGAUCGACGAUGCCGAAUUGGAGUGGACGUGGGGCCAACCCUUUGACUUUAUCCACGGUCGCAUGCUGGGUGGAUGCUUUAAAGAUCCUAUAAACAUCUUCGAGCAGGCGUUUCAACAUCUACAACCUGGCGGGUUUUUCGAGGUCAAGGACAUACUCCUUACGCUCAAGUGUGAUGACGGGACUCUCGAGGGUGAUUCCCCACUGCUCACCUGGGCAAGACUUCUUGCCGGAGCCGCCGACAACAUGGGCCGGCCCAUCCAUCUUGCCUCUCGGUAUCGACAGAUGCUUGUUGAAGUGGGCUUUACGCAUGUCGAUGUUGUUGAACAGAAGUGGCCUACGAAUGGCUGGGCGAAAAACCGCAAACUGAGGGAGCUCGGGCGCUGGUCUCAAUUGACCUUUGGGAGAGAGCUUGAAACUAUCUCUACUGCUUUGCUUAUGCACGGCCUGGGUUGGGAUGCUAAAGAAGUCUCGAUACUAUGCGCUUUGGUCCGCAAAGAAUUCCAGAACCCCCGGGUCCAUGCGUACUUUCCUGUCCUAACAGCAUUCGGGAUGAAGCCUUUGGGAGAGGCCUAGUAGCGCUGCGUUUCCUACUUUCUUGCCUUUUCGAUGUCUGUGUGGACUUGGCCCCGGGGCCAGUCCAUCAGCAACUCACUCCUUGUCAUUAUCUCCAUGAUCACCUUGGUUCUCUAGUUCUAUACUUUUAAUCACAAACCCU